AUGCAGACCAACCCGUUUCUAUACCUUCUGCAGGUUUCGCUCAGUUUGCUGCUUGUGCCAUCGGGACCGACAGCGAACAUUUCUGCGCUGAAUCUGCUGCCGCCAAUCUUCGGAUCUACAACUGGGAGCCAGAAUGAUAAAGCCCUGCUUGACAUCAGCAUUGCGGUGCCAUCAGGAGCCACGCUAUCAACAUCGGAAACGGAAAGCGGAUCAUCGUCGACGUCAUACUACCAUGUUAUAAAUACAAGCUGCAACAGGCCGUCAACCAGUGGGCGCGGCAGCGGUGCUACUAUGCAGACCAACCCGUUUCUAUACCUUCUGCAGGUUUCGCUCAGUUUGCUGCUUGUGCCAUCGGGACCGACAGCGAACAUUUCUACGCUGGAUCUGCUGCCGCCUAUCUUCAGAUCUACAACUGGGAGCCAGAAUGAUAAAGCCCUGCUUGACAUCAGCAUUGCGGUGCCAUCAGGAGUCACGCUACCAACAUCGGAAACGGAAAGCGGAUCAUCGUCGACGUCAUACUGCCAUGUUAUAAAUACAAGCUGCAACAGGCCGUCAACCAGCGGGCGCGGCAGCGGUGCUACUAUGCAGACCAACCCGUUUCUAUACCUUCUGCAGGUUUCGCUCAGUUUGCUGCUUGUGCCAUCGGGACCGACAGCGAACAUUUCUGCGCUGAAUCUGCUGCCGCCAAUCUUCGGAUCUACAACUGGGAGCCAGAAUGAUAAAGCCCUGCUUGACAUCAGCAUUGCGGUGCCAUCAGGAGCCACGCUAUCAACAUCGGAAACGGAAAGCGGAUCAUCGUCGACGUCAUACUGCCAUGUUAUAAAUACAAGCUGCAACAGGCCGUCAACCAGUGGGCGCGGCAGCGGUGCUACUAUGCAGACCAACCCGUUUCUAUACCUUCUGCAGGUUUCGCUCAGUUUGCUGCUUGUGCCAUCGGGACCGACAGCGAACAUUUCUGCGCUGAAUCUGCUGCCGCCAAUCUUCGGAUCUACAACUGGGAGCCAGAAUGAUAAAGCCCUGCUUGACAUCAGCAUUGCGGUGCCAUCAGGAGCCACGCUAUCAACAUCGGAAACGGAAAGCAGAUCAUCGUCGACGUCAUACUGCCAUGUUAUAAAUACAAGCUGCAACAGGCCGUCAACCAGUGGGCGCGGCAGCGGUGCUACUAUGCAGACCAACCCGUUUCUAUACCUUCUGCAGGUUUCGCUUAGUUUGCUGCUUGUGCCAUCGGGACCGACAGCAAACAUUUCUGCGCUGAAUCUGCUGCCGCCAAUCUUCGGAUUUACAACUGGGAGCCAGAAUGAUAAAGCCCUGCUUGACAUCAGCAUUGCGGUGCCAUCAGGAGCCACGCUAUCAACAUCGGAAACGAAAAGCGGAUCAUCGUCGACGUCAUACUGCCAUGUUAUAAAUACAAGCUGCAACAGGCCGUCAACCAGUGGGCGCGGCAGCGGCGCUACUAUGCAGACCAACCCGUUUCUAUACCUUCUGCAGGUUUCGCUCAGUUUGCUGCUUGUGCCAUCGGGGCCGACAGCGAACAUUUCUGCGCUGAAUCUGCUGCCACCAAUCUUCGGAUCUACAACUGGGAGCCAGAAUGAUAAAGCCCUGCUUGACAUCAGCAUUGCGGUGCCAUCAGGAGUCACGCUAUCAACAUCGGAAACGGAAAGCGGAUCAUCGUCGACGUCAUACUGCCAUGUUAUAAAUACAAGCUGCAACAGGCCGUCAACCAGUGGGCGCGGCAGCGGUGCUACUAUGCAGACCAACCCGUUUCUAUACCUUCUGCAGGUUUCGCUCAGUUUGCUGCUUGUGCCAUCGGGACCGACAGCGAACAUUUCUACGCUGGAUCUGCUGCCACCAAUCUUCGGAUCUACAACUGGGAGCCAGAAUGAUAAAGCCCUGCUUGACAUCAGCAUUGCGGUGCCAUCAGGAGUCACGCUAUCAACAUCGGAAACGGAAAGCGGAUCAUCGUCGACGUCAUACUGCCAUGUUAUAAAUACAAGCUGCAACAGGCCGUCAACCAGUGGGCGCGGCAGCGGUGCUACUAUGCAGACCAACCCGUUUCUAUACCUUCUGCAG